UCUUUUAAGUCCUUAAAUAUCUGUAUAUCUAAGAAAUAAUGUUUCCUUUCAAAAAUUCAGGCAAUUUGUCUUUUCAAAACCCUAAUUAUGUGGAGGAGGAAGAUAACAUGGUUGAAAAUCAAAUUAAUUGGGCUGAUAUUGGAUCUGAAGCAUUAGAAAGCAUGAAUACAAGUUUGAAUAAUAGAGGAAUAAGUAGAAGAGGAAGAGGAAGAGGACGAGGACGUGGACAAAGACAAGGCCGAGGUCAAAACUCAUGUUUUGAUCAUCCUAAUAAUGAGUCUGGUACUAGUAAUUAUUGUGAUGAUGAAGAACAGAAAAGGAAAUCAAUCCAUAGAGAAGUUGAGCGUCAAAGAAGGCAGGAAAUGUCUAAUCUUUAUUCUGCUCUUCGAUCUCAGAUUCCUGAUCAAUAUAUUCAGGGAAAGAGAUCUACAAGUGAUCAUGUAGCUGAAGCAGCAAAUUACAUAAAGGACUUGGAGAAGAAUAUAAAAGAGCUAAGUAUUAGGAGAGAUGAGCUAAAAGCAACACCUGAAUGGAGUAAUCAUCGUCCUACAUAUGAAGUUGGUGGAUCGUCUAGCAAUGCAAAACCACGUCCAGGAAGUGUUGUGAUUAAUCCAUGUUUAGGAGGGAUUGCUAUAAAUAUUGAUGUUGGCUAUGAAGACGAAACAUUCUCCCUUUCAAGUUCCCUGCAAGUGCUUUUUGAGGAAGGAUUAAGUGUUUCAAGUUGCACAUCAACCAAAAUCAAUGACAGGAUUGUUCAUGAUAUAAUUUGCGAGGUUAUGGACAUAACAAGCAUAAAUUUCACCCGGCUUCAGCAGAGAAUGAUUAAUCUUGUUUCCUAAGCAUAUUAUUAUUAGUCAUAUGCUAUUGUUUAAUUCCCAAUUUUUGUUUGAUUAUCAUGUAUUAUUUGCUUGAUGUUGUACUUUGUUGCUUUAUGCCUUAAAAGUACGUAUGGUCUCUUAAGAGUAUAUAUGGUGUCUCUAAGAGACUUGUUCGCAAACGGCAUCCCCUUUGGAGGUUCCAAAAACGUCCA